GAACUAUAAGGCUGAUCACAGUGACAGCACCUAACUCAUUUAUAGUCGCGAUCUGCGUGUGGGGAGGAGGUGCAAGGCUUCCUGUGCGGCACUUCGUGUUGAUAUGUAUGUUAUAUAGGCUGUGUUACAUUCCCAAGGAUCAACAGGGUCAUGCAUAAUUCAUUUGUUUGGUAUACAAUCUCUUCAUGGAACAUGAACAUGCAUGAUAGUGCUCUCUAGCUGUGUUGUGAUUUGACUCCAUCAGGGAUGGAAACCUGGAUGCAACUGCAAGCUUCUUUCACUUGAAGUUGCGAUCUUUCACAUACCGGUGAUGCGAUUGCUGUGAUCUUUUCAUGUUUCAAAGCAGAGUGAUGGACUGUUAUGUUUACUUUGUGUCAUUAUUACUGCCUCGUCUGAUGUGUCGAUCGGCUUUUCUCGGUGAUGACCUGGUACACAUUCAACACAGACCCAGCCUUCAUUGAGCUCUAGAAGUUGAAGGUUUUUGGUGGAGCCAUACUAAACUUGUGAUUCACCCAUCCCUGUGUACGUGCAGUCAUAACACUUCAAAGUGAUUGUAGGACUUCUGCACAUCUACCCUUUAUUAAACUGAUAGGUGGUCGGAACCGAGUGUCAACAUCUUGUGGAUAUUUUAUGAAUCAGAAUCGGAAUACAGGAAUGCCCACAGACACUGAGUUGAACCCAACACCAUCGUCCUCACUAACAUCAGGAAUGACUGCAGCUAAGACUGCUCUUCACUACUCGUCCCCAAAGUUUAGGGGUGCUGCGUGGGGCCCAGGCAUGCCAGAAGCAGCUCUUGGUCCACGUUCAGAAGCAGUCAACAUCACCAGUCAGAUCAGCAACAUGCAUCUGAAAGGUGAUACAGCUCCUGGCCAAAUGCCUAUUGGUAGUCAGGUCCCAACCGACCAUGUUGCGACCGAUCCAAGAAUACUGCCACCGGAAUGGGUUUCGCUGCAGCAACAGCAGCAGUGGCAGCAUCAGAUGCUGUACGCGCAGUUCAAGAACCAGUCGGCACAGCUUACCCAGCAACACCAGAAACAGCAACAAGAUCUACUAAUGAGAGAACAUUUGUUGGAGCAACAGAGACAGCUUGAGGUUCAGCAACAGCAGCAGCAGCAACAACAGCAGCAGCAACAGCAACAGCAGCAACAAGCACAGAAGCAACAACACUUGGAGCAGUUGUUGGCGAAGAAGCAAAGUAAGCAAAGUGCGAACGCUUCAACGGAAGUGAAGGAUAAACUUCAAAAGUUUCUCUUAAAUCGGCAGCAAAGAACGGACUAUGGGGGCAGUGGAUCACUCAAUCACUCGCCUCCAUAUAGGCAUUGGACCCCUCCAAGCUCGAUGGAUCACCACUCCCCUCCACAUAAUGUAUCGCCCCAGUUUCACCAUCAACCAAUGGGGUUUGGCCAAUAUGAUAGCAGCAACUUUCCACUUAGAAAAACAGCAUCUGACUCGAACCUGAAGGUUAGGUCGAGAUUGAAAGAGAAAGUGACGGAGAGACGUACUCAUGGUAGCCCGCUUCUGAGGAGAAGGGAAGGCCCCAAUUCUCUGAAGAGGAAACCAAUGAGCGGGGAACUCAACUUAGAUACAUCAUCUAACAGCGCUCCCGGAUCUGGUCCUAGUUCACCUCUUAGUGCUGGAGCUGCUGGCGGUGCCGAUAGUCCUAAUGGAGUUCCUGUUGCAGCAUUACCUGAGGAGGCAAGUAGUGCCCCUAAGAUGAUGAUGAAACAGAGGUUUUGUGUCGCAAGCGAUCUGUACAGCUCACCGUCUCUACCUAACAUAUCUAUUGGGAUUCCUGCUGCAAACAAUCCACAACACUCACCACCUCUGGGUCCUGUGAAACCAGGUCUACCUACAGCGGCAAUGUUAGGUGCUGCUCCUCUCAAUCCAUACCUUCCUACAGUGCCUGCAGGUGCGUCUCUAUCUUUAGCCGGUAUGAAUCCUGCCCUUUUAGCUGGUAUGACCUUUCAGGACUACCAGCAGGCACAGACAGCCGCCAUGUCAGCUGCUCAAAUCGGAAUCCAUCCAAAACCAAUCAGACCGCUGACACACAGACCCUUAGUGAGGACCCAUUCUGCUCCCCUGCCUAACAACCAGCAAGCUCCUACCAGCCAGCGACCGCAUUCUAUGUUACUCUCUCAUCAUCAUCAUUCACAGUUACUACAGCAACCGCAUCAACUCCUCAACAAUCUUGCUCAUCAAAAGCUCCUCGAAGAAAGGAGAGAAGAAAGAGUUCAAGAGGAGCGAGAACAAGAAGAAGAAUCAGAAUCAGCGGCCGGAGCCACCGCGUCUGGCGCCCCCAACAUGCCAUCACCGUCCAAAGCUAAAGAAGCUCUCAAAAAUGCCAUCCAUAUCAAACAAGAGCCGAUUGACAUCACUGAAGAAGAGGAGGAGGAUGAAGAUGAGGAUGCGGAGACGGAGUUAUCGAAAUCAAGAGAGGAUAAUUUAGACAUGCUCAGACCCUCAACAAUGACCAAAACCGGAUUGUACGGUGGUCAUCGUCCCUUGAUGCGGGUACGCAGCUCCCCCGCUGCCGCUGGUAUCCAUUCACUCUCACUCAACCACCAUGAACACAAACGAACCCAACACAAAUUUACUACCGGCCUUGCGUACGAUACGUUGAUGUUGAAGCACCAAUGUCUGUGUGACAACAAUCAGAAUCACCCUGAACAUCCUGGUCGUCUCCAGAGCAUAUGGGCUCGGCUUCUUGAAAGAGGGAUCGUGUCUAGAUGCGAGCGUAUACGGACGCGGAAAGCAUCAUUAGAAGAGCUCCAGUCUUGCCAUAGUGAAGGCUACACGUUAUUUUUUGGUACCAGCCAUGCACACAGAGCUAAGUUAGACGAUCGUAAGAAAGCAUCCAUACCCAAGUUGAAUUUCACCUGGUUGGGCUGCGGAGGUGUGGGUGUAGACACCGAUACAGUCUGGAACGACAUCCACUCACCGGGAGCAGUCAGAAUGGCUGCUGGAGCUGUGAUCGAGUUGGCAUUCAAAGUAGCUACUGGGGAGCUCAAGAAUGGAUUCGCCAUCGUAAGACCACCAGGCCACCAUGCUGAAACGGCGCAAGCCAUGGGAUUCUGCUUCUUUAACUCAAUCGCUGUCGCUGCUAAACAGCUUCGACUCAAGCUCAGACUCAACAAGAUUCUCAUUGUUGACUGGGAUGUUCACCAUGGUAACUCAACCCAGAAAAUAUUCUAUGAAGACUCACAUGUACUCUACAUCUCAUUACAUCGUCAUGACAACGGAAACUUCUUCCCGGGUACAGGGGCACCAGAUGAGUGUGGAUGUGGAGCUGGUCUUGGCUACAAUGUGAACGUUGCGUUCCACGGUGGUCUGAACCCACCUAUGGGUGAUGCGGAAUAUAUAGCUGCAUUCAGGUCUAUCGUCCUGCCUAUUGCUGAGGAAUUUUCACCUGAUGUUGUGCUUGUUUCGUCUGGCUUUGAUGCUGUUAAAGGACAUCCUAAUCCACUGGGAGGAUAUAAAGUUACACCAGCAUGUUUCUCAUACAUGACACGUAAGCUGAUGGGACUGGCCAACGGACGAGUAGUAUUAGCUCUAGAAGGCGGCUAUGAUCUAACGGCAAUCUGCGAUGCCUCCGAAGUAUGCGCUCAGACACUCUUGGGUGAUGAUCCAGCGCCGCUCUCACAAGAGACACUCGAUGCAGCACCAAAUGCCAAUGCUGUUGAGUGCAUACGGAGAACUAUUGAAAUACAAUCGGAGUACUGGACAUCGGUCCGAAAUCAAUCUAGCGGCGUAGAUCUAUGUUUGCGAGAAUCACUGAAGAGGAAAGGAGACUCAGAAGUGCCUGUCAGCGAGAUGGCAUCACUAUCAGUACAACAAGAAACGCCAAGAAGUCCAUCGGAGAUUACGGAGGAGAGUGCAAUGGAUGCGGAAGAAGCUGCCCCAUCAUAAAGACGAAAGAUCAGAGUCAGAGCAUCUAGGGUUAGGGGCUCUACCAUCACCUCAGAGCAGUCUUGACACGGAAGUCCAAUUCAUCCUGCCAAGCUAAUUCAUUGAAGAACGGUAUCGGUUUUGUAAUGUCUCGUGUUGUUGACGACGAUACCCUUCAACGAACGUUAUUUCGCAUCACGGGGAUGAGGACUUGGCCUGCAUGGAAACGACCGUCCACUUUUCAACCUACCCUAGCCUUUGGUUUGGAACCCGCAGGUACGGAUUGAACUACAGCUGUUUCGGGAAACGGAUCGCAUCUCCUUGGUUUGACCUCUAGAAAAGGUGGAUUCAUGUUUCCCAGAUUCUGUCAUUUUGACCCGAUCAGAUCCGUUCACAUCGCGCACGUGUUAGUUAUUGUGGCCUCGAGAGGCACAAUCCAGUUCGCAGUUGGAGUGCAUGUCGCUAUUGAAACGAAACUGUACUAUUAUCUCGAAAAACACAUGUUUGACAAGUUUGCAAAUGGAAUCUGUAUGUUCACUGAUAUUGAACCGUUUUCUUUUUAAACAUAUUCAUCACGAGUUGUGGUCGUAGUACACAUGUGUUGUAGGUAUUUUAUCUGUACAAUAUUGCCUGUGCAUAGUUUUCUUUCCUCACAUGGAGACUCUAUAGAAGGCUAGAUGUAAUUGCUUCAAUGUACAGAGUUUGAAAUGGCAUUCCACCAAGUGAUAUUCAAUCAUAUUUGUACACAUAGUUUGAUUUUCUCUUUUUUGUACAAAAAGAACAAAAAUUAUAAAAAUUUAUCGGUUAAAUAGGAACCCCCCCAAAAAAAAAAAAAAUUAAAAAGUCCCCAUCCCUUCAACAAGAUAAUGAAUAGAUCAAAAGCAGGUACUCUAAACGCUUGCUCUUUAGGAUCUUAUCUGCCCUUCAUUCACUAACUUUCUGCUCAUGCUUUGCAAGUCAAGGUUUCUAAAUAUCUUUUCAUCUACCCCCCCCCCAAUAAAACCAAACAAACAAUGACUUGUCUAUCUUUCUCUAUAGAGUUGGCCCUCAAGUUGCUUGCUGAUUUGCAAAAUUGUUGUUGAUAUACAUCAUAAUGAUAGUGACAUUGGUCUUUUUGUAUACUAGUAGUGCCAAUACAUUGCUAUGGUAUCUCUAAAGAAUUUACAUAUAUUACUCCAGUAAUGGAUUCUGUUUUAAUCUGCCUCUGAUAUGAACACAUCUUCCAUGCCCUGGGGAAUUAUGAAAUUAUUUUGAGGAAGCAUCUGGUAAUGGUUCUGAUUCUUGUCUUUCAAUCAGAGGGUCUGGGGUUUGAAUCCCACUCCUUGGGCACUGAUUUCUUUCAGCAAGAAAUUCAUUCAUAUUGUGCUGCACUCGACCCAGGUGAGGUAAAUGAGGACCAGGGGCCCAUUACACAAAGCGUUUGCAAUGAUCGAAGAACAUUUUUAUAUGAUUGAUUGUAUCGACUGCUGUGUACAAUCAAUCGUGAAAGUCAAGCAUACGAUUAAUCGCUAAACCUUGUUUUACGGACCCUGGUGGAAAUUUAUUCUUUGAUGCGUUUGCGUAAACAGCUGCUCUGCCAAAGCCUGGACAAUUAUGCUGCAUUCUUUUAUAGCGCUUAGAAACUUCCUAUGAAGAACCAUUAGGUGUUUGGUGCUAUAUAUGGUGGAGGGGUUGCCGCGAAGCCAGACAAAAGUCUCAGACGAGCAUAUCCUGACCGAAAUAGACCGAUUUUUUGUGGUUAAUAUUCUGAAAUUAAGCUGGCGAAACAGAGAGUGUUGGUGUUUUGUGAAGGCUUGGAAAUAUUUCACUGUUUCUCAAUGCCAAUCAAAUCCUUCCUCUAUCAUCAUUCUUAAUCUGAUUUGAACAAGAUUCAUUCAGACUUCUAAAACCAUCCUGAAAAUGAGAACCUUUUCCAUUCUGUGUUUGAUGUAUACAUUGUACAAACUUACAUUACCUGGGUUCUGUAACACAGAACCUAGUGCUUGAUUGCAGUGCUCUUCGUAUGAUUGAUUGCAUUUAUCAUUUUGUGCAGUCAGUCAUACAAGUGAACUGUGUAAUCAGUUACUAAGCUCUGUGUUAAUGGGCCUGUGGGUUGCAUUGCACGAUACUCACAAUCGACGUGAACUCCUCCAUCAGUCAUAGCUAUCAUCAUGAUAAUAAUUGCAUAAUAGCAUAGCCAAUCAACAUGAGAUUUGAAUUUUGCAAAGUCACUACAAGUUUAAGUUUGAUGCAACCGGGGCAGAACUAGAAUAGGAAAUUUUAGGGGGGCUGUUUU